ACCCUGGUGCGGGAGUUGCUCUCCCGCCCUAGGAAAGGGGGUCGGGCGGGACUCCCAACCCGGGUUACCCGGGUCCCCCCUGGCCCCCAUGAACAACCGGGCGCGGGCCCCAGCCCCCUCCUUGGCCCGGACCUCAGCCCGGGGCAGGGCUUCGACCCCGGCCCGGACCCCAGCUCUGGUCCAGGCCUCGAUCCGGGUCCGGACCCCAACUCUGGUUCAGACUUCGACCCCGGUCCGGAACCGAACUCCGGUCCAGGCAUCCAUCCCAGCCCGGACUCCAACUCUGGUCCAGGCAACGACCCAGGUCCAGACCCCAACUCUGAUUCAGACUUCGAGCCCGGUCCGGACCCCAACUGAGGUCGAGGACUGGACCCCGGUCGGGACCCCAACCCUGAUCCAGGCCGCGACCCCGGUCGGGACCCCAACUCAGGUCCAGGCCGCGACCCCGGUCAGGAUCCCAACCCUGAUCCAGGCCGCGACCCCGGUCGGGACCCCAACUCAGGUCCAGGCCGCGACCCCGGUCGGGACCCCAACCCUGAUCCCGGCCGCGACCCCGGUCUGGACCCCAACUCUGGUCCAGGCCGUGAGCCCGGUCCCGACCGCGAGCCCGGUCCGGACCACGACCCCAGUCCAGACUCCGACCCGGAUCCGGCCCCUGACUCCGCUCCGGACUCCCGCGCUGAUCCGGACUCCCACAUUAGUUCGGACUCCCAUGUUGGUCCGGACCCCGACUCCGGUCCGAGCUCAGACUCCGGUCCGGGUCCCAGCCCCGGCCCGAGCGCCCGUCCCCGCCCCGGCCCGAGCGCCCGCCCCGGCCUGGGUCCUGGCCACGAUCCCGGACCUGGAGUGCUUGCGGGGCCCCGCCCUGCCUUUGGAUCCGGAGCCCGCUCCGGAGACGACUCUGCCGCCCGACGAGGAUCUCGCCCCCGCGCCGGGGCUGAGCCAGGGCUGGUCGCCGGCCGCCAGCUCGGCCGGGCCGUGCCCGGACCCCCUUCUUCCCGCGCUCACCGCCCUGGCCGCCCGCGCGCCGGAGCGCCCCCUGGAGCCCACCCUGCGGGACCCGUCGGCCACCAAGCUGAGGCCCUUCCCCUCGCCUGGGCCGGCCCCGGCGCCCGUGCUGGAGAGCGGCUCCUUGCCCAUCGCGCCCGAAAUGUUCGCCUCCACCAGCGAGAACUUGCAGCUGGACAGCAGAAUCCUGAUUCGAGUGAUCUACUGUGGCCUCUGAAGCUAUGGCCUUCGGUACAUUCUGUUGAAGAAGAAUCUGGAGCAGCAGUUUCCGAAUCUUCUGCUCUUUGAGGAGGACAAAGCUGCCCAGGCUACAGGGGAGUUUGAAGUGUUUGUGGAAGGGAAACUGGUCCAUUCCAAGAAGAAAGGUGAUGGCUUUGUGGAUGAGGCCAGGCUGCAGAAGAUUGUGAACGCUAUCGAUGAGGAGAUCAAGAAAAGGUAGCAGGCGACCAGCAGAGCGGGAGGAGCCUCAGCGGGAUGAUGAGAAGGGCUGAAAUGUUGCCAAUCAGGUCCUUUUCUGAUGGUGGCUGGGACUGGGGUGGGGUUGGGGAGGGGUCAAGAGAGAAAUACAUAGAGUCUGCCUCCCUGUG